AUGUGGCCUUGGGGCGGUACGACAAAGACGGCGUACGCCGUGAAGGACGGCUGCGGUGCGGUUCACGCUACGGUACACGCUACGGUGCACGCUACGGUCUACGCCACGGUGGCCACCGUACCCUACAGCGGCGCAACCACCGUAGGUUACGGCGCACUGAACGGUCUCCUACAGUGGGCCGUCUGCCAAAAUGGCGCUACACGGAAGAGGAAAGAAUGA